CCGGGGCCAGGCGACGCCCCCGCUGGCUUUCGCGGCCGUAGGAAGGCCCAGCGCCAACGGCGUCGGGCCGGCCGGGGAGCGCAGCGAUCCUGGAACCCGAGGGCAAGAGGGCGAAGGCCGUGGGCUGCACUUGGGCUUUGCAGAACCACGAGAUCUCGGCUUUCCGGUCUCGGAACCAGGAGCCGCCGCGCAGCCCGGCUGCUCCUCCUUCCUCCCCGGGGUGCUCGCGGCGAUGUUUAACCGCGCAGUGAGUCGACUGAGCAGGAAGCGGCCGCCGUCAGACAUCCACGACAGUGAUGGGAGCUCCAGCAGCAGUCACCAGACCCCCAAGAGCACAGCCAAAUGGGCGUCUUCCCUGGAGAAUCUGCUUGAAGACCCAGAAGGCGUGAAAAGAUUUAGGGAAUUUUUAAAAAAGGAAUUCAGUGAAGAAAAUGUUUUAUUUUGGCUAGCAUGUGAAGAUUUUAAGAAAACACAAGAUAAAAAGCAGAUGCAGGAAAAGGCAAAGGAGAUCUACAUGACCUUUCUGUCCAGCAAGGCCUCGUCCCAAGUCAACGUCGAGGGCCAGUCCCGCCUCAAUGAGAAGAUCCUGGAGGAACCGCAUCCACUGAUGUUCCAGAAGCUCCAGGACCAGAUCUUCAACCUCAUGAAGUAUGACAGUUACAGCCGCUUCUUAAAGUCUGACUUGUUCUUAAAACACAAGCGGACCGAGGAAGAGGAUGAAGAAUCACCAGAUGCCCAGACUGCAGCUAAAAGAGCUUCGAGAAUUUAUAACACAUGAGCCCUCCAGGAGCUAGCAGGACUGGCAGCUUUCAGAACCGAAGGAACUCACUCUCAGGACCAUGCAGGGUGCAUAAUGGCUUUGUUAUCUGCAAGGACUGAAAUGUACAAAACCCUUCCAUGGGAUCUGUGUAUUUUAUUAUCUGCUUGACCAGUAAGUUUUGCAUGAUGGCUAAUCUUAGAUAAAAAGACAAAUAGCUUUGAAGUUUUAGUUCUGUCUCACACACAAAAGUGAAAUAGUCCUUACACACUGGACAUCUUGAGUAUUUUACGGCUUGAUUAAACUUCAUGUGAGGCCUCCAGGUGAAACUUAA